CAUUGUCGCAGUGGGUCCUAGUUUUCUAUGACCGAAAACGUUUGCAAUUACCUUGUACAAUAUUGUACGAUAUUAGUAGCUAAUUAUCUCUUAAUUACGGGUGACCUCAGUACUGGAACCAUCGAUAAUUGCAAAUAUUUCGCUAUGUCGACUAAUCAACGUAAACCUUGUGCUAUGUGUACCUAUAGCACAAAUGGGUUUAACCUACGUUUUCUUCAUGGAGAGAUAUACAACGAUUAUAAGGGAAUUAUUUUUAUUUACAUAGGUUUGAAGAAUAUUAGUCAGUAGCACAGGCUAAUAACAUGAAGAAAAGUUUAAAAGUUAAUGUUUAUCACAUUUUAUCAUUGGCUUGAGUUUGGAAGUUUCUGAAAUUCGAGCGAGCUUAAUUGUCCCUAAAAGCACAUUAACGGAAACAGUAAUUAUGAUUCCAUUUCACCAUUCGAAGCAUAUAUAAAAGCUAUGAAUGUCGAUCAAUGUAAUAUACCAUUUUAGUUGCAUUGUUCGUUAUAUAAUUAUAAGCUGACUCGCCAUCGGAAUCUGGUUUUGACUGCCAUGCAUUAAUGUCACAUUGGCAGUUUCCUUUAUUCGCGUGGUACGUAUGGGUCGAGUUGCUAGUAUGCCCACUCCUAAUAUUUGGCUUAGACGACUAAAACGAUUUUACUGGAUUAUCAUUAACGGAGGAUUGCUUUAUAUGACAAUAAGUUCGUCGUACAUUCUGCUUCUAUCGUAUCUCAACAACCCACUUACUUUUUCCAUUGAUACUUCUUAUUUGCAUUGGAACACGACGUUUCCGGCUGUUAGCCUUUGUCAGGUUUUAAACGAUGAGACUAUGGCAGAUAUACUUGAACAGGAAAUUGGUUCCGAUCGGAACUAUAAGCUCGAUAACGUCAUGAGUGAUAUCGCGUUUUACGGAGGAACUUGUUUUUCGUGCGAGGAUUGCACAGAAGGUCGUUUGAGAUGCCCAACGCACUUUUCUUCCAUUGUUGAAAAAUACAGAUUCGGAUGCUCUGAGUUGAUUUCUGACUGCUUCUGGCAGAACGAUCCGUUUGAUUGCUGCCAGCUUUUCCUUCCAUUACAAACAGAGUUUGGCGAAUGUUACAGUAUCAAUUCUCAGAAUAGUCGCCAGGCAAACAAGGAAAAACUAGUUAAUAACCGCAAAACGGGACCUGGUGUUUUACGAUUUAAGGUGAAAGAGGACUUACAAAUAUACUUACAUGACGAGCAUGCGGUUCCAUUCGCCUACACCGAUGGAACGCUAAAGGAGACAGUGCUCUGGGGAACUAAUAAAGAAAUUAUAUUUAAGAUUAUCGGAAUGGAAAAUAACGCCAAUGUGCAAGAUAUACCAAUCAGUCGUCGGGAUUGUAGAUUUCCAUGGGAAAUCUUGAAUGAGUCUACACAGCUAUACGAUAGUUAUAGCUAUUCAUCGUGUGGUGUAGAAUGUUUCAUGGCAGCACAAAUAAAAUUCUGCAAUUGUACUCAUCAUUUGAUGCCAGUUUUGAAGCAUGAUCAACUCCCUAUCAACAUUUGCAGUUAUCAUGGAUUGACUUGUUUAACAGAAAAUUCAGUGAAAAUCGCAAAACAACGGAAACAAUGUCAAUGUUCUUCAUCUUGCCUGGAGCCGGAGUAUCUCGUAAUUCACAGUUCCGAGAGUGAGGUAGGAAGUCAACAAGAUCAAGUCAGUAUUAGAAUGCUCAAUCUGCCAGAAAUUAAAUUUGUAAGGAACGUUGCCAAAACAAAUAUCGACAUAUUUAUAUCGUUAGGCGGCUUGGUGGGACUCUUCUUUGGUGCUUCUUUACUGUCCAUUAUUUACGUCGUAACUUGCAUAAUCCGUUACUGUGAAAUAAUUAGAUUUCAAUGAUGUAAAGUGUAAUUCAUAACUUAAAACGAGCAUAUUAGUAUGUAAUAUAUGAAUAAAUGGAAUUAUAUCUAUAAUGCGGUACUUUAGUCGUACUGAAUAACUGCUGGUUGGUCGAAUAAUAAAGAUAUAUCUAGUUUAUAUUUAUUUGAAUGCAUACUUAUAUUGUACCUAGUUGGUACCCAAGCAACCGCAAUUUUUUUAUCUGCUAGUUUUACAACCAGAAGUUUUGUGUAAACUUCGAGUGACUUUUAAUUGAAUGAACAGUCAAUCAAUGGUUUUGCAAUUUUCAAUCUCUUCAAAAUUAAUCUCUUCAAAAUUAAUAUAAUCCAUGCAUAUAAACUGAUCUAAGCGCAAUCAAAUGUGUCAAUUUCAAUUUCAAUAGUCUCCAUGCGUAGCUUCUUGAACACGCCAAUUGCCCGAUUGGAACCGUUGUUUUGGGUACGAUUGCAAUUUUUGGUUUCAAUCUUAGCACAUCUCUAAACAAAAGCAUCAGCUCGAGAUAUAAUACAUGAAAUUCUGUUAUUAGACAACAAAUUUGGAUGCCAUGUUAUGUGCGUUAACUGUAAUAUUAAUAUUUUUAGUGCGUGGUUUUAAGAGGUUCAUACCAUAUUUUCUGUAACCAUUUAUGUUCAAAAAAAUUUAUUUAAACAAAACUUUUUGAGCAUUUAAGUGGAAUGUCACAAUCAACUCUUUGAAAUGGGAAACAUCGGUCUUAAGAGGGUUAAUUAGGUUUGCAUACAAGGUCUGUGUACUGAUUGCUGAAAGACUGUUGAUCAACCAUAUCGCCGGUUAUAUUUCUUACACCCAUUUCAAACAUGCUUGGAUGUCAAUUGUCAGUGCUACUAGCAAUGGGAUUACUAGGGGAACUGUGGGUGAGACGGAUAGGUGGGGUAAGACGGACACAUGGUAAUUGUAGGUAUAUAACACUAAACAUUCAAUUGCAUUAUGUGUGUACCCUCUCAUUAUGGAUAUCGUUGAAUUAUGAAAUACUCAGUAGGCCUUGUAUACAGUUUAACGCGUACAAUUUAAACAAACAUUGAUAUGCAUUAGUGAAUCUUCGUGCGAAUGUAAUUUUAAAAUCUCUGAUUUUAAGGUUUAUUAAGGAACAAAUCAAUUUUUUGGCGGAUUUUUUCUUUUAUUUCGAUAGUGUAACUCUUAAAUGACAUCUUCGUGGAAAAUUGAUAAAUGAGUGAAUAAGUGCAGACAUUUAAAAAAUAUUUGUAGUGGUGGAAAAAGACGAACAGUCUUGACUAAUUGUACAUUGAUUGAUCCUUAUAGGAAUGUCUCUCGCGUCUCGCGUGCCGCGAAUCGUAUAUACAUUGAAUUAUUCUGUCUCAAAAUAAUGAGUUUGCUUAAAUCGUGGAAAACACUACACUAUCAAGACUUUUUCCCCAAUUUUGUAUUUCAAUCAUAACAUUCAUGGUGUGUCUCAAACUACGGUAGACCAACCUACAAGAACCCUAACUUGGUUGAUUUUCAUUCUGUGUAAACUAAAAUUAUUAUGUAUGCAACGAAAAUACAAACUCAUGCCCAAUCCAUUUACUGCUAUUAUUUAGUCGACUAA